AUGCAUUCUUCCUCCGAGAAUACCGUCCCCACCGUCACGCCAGUCACCAUAUCGUACUCGGAGCUCAAAGACAAGAACACGGACUUGUCAUUGAAGAUUGAAGAAGGCUUUGGACCUAAUGGGUUAGGAAUCUUAUCAAUCACCGAUGUUCCGGAAUAUUCUUCCUUGCGCAGAAAUCUUCUACACCUGUCACCUAGAUUAGCCAAUCUGCCGGAAGAGGUGAAGAAGGAACUCGAAGAUCCUGAUAGUAGGUACAAUUUUGGAUGGAGUCAUGGAAAAGAGAAGCUGGAAUCUGGAAAGCCAGAUACGUUAAAAGGCUCUUUUUAUGCAAAUCCAAUGUUAGAUAGGCCUACAACAGAUGAAUAUCUACUUCAAAGGUAUCCAUCAUACUGUGGAUCAAAUAUAUGGCCUAAUAGUGAAUUGCCAGAACUUGAAGUUGCCUUCAAAGCUCUCGGGAAGCUGAUCCUUGGAGUUGGGCUUAUGGUGGCAUUUCACUGUGAUAGAUAUGUGUCAAAAGCAAUCAAAAUGAGUGAGGAUGAAGGCCUUGAACAAAUACUUUUUCGUUCUCGGUGUCAUAAAGGGCGGCUACUUUAUUACUUUUCCACAAAAGAGAGUAAUUCUACUGAAGAUAAUAAAGACAUGUCUUCUUGGUGUGGAUGGCAUACAGACCAUGGUUCACUUACAGGACUGACCUGUGCCAUGUUUACGAGAGAUGCUGUUGAAAUACCAUGCCCUGAUAGUGGAGCUGGCCUUUAUAUCAGGACACGAACAGAUCAGAUUGUCAAAGUUGUCUUUGGAGAAGAUGCAAUAGCAUACCAAAUUGGUGAAACAACUGAAAUUCUGUCAAGAGGUUAUCUUUGUGCGACACCUCAUUGUGUCCGGGCACCCAAGGGAGAGGACGCUUGCAGUCUUGAUCGUUCAACAUUUGCAUUAUUUAUGCAACCUGACUGGGAUGAGAAGCUUAAUUUUCCGGAGGAGAUUCAUAUCCAUAAAGAGUUGAUUUCACCAAAUGGUGAUCUUACCUUUGGAGAGUACACAGAGAAGCUCCUUGACAAAUAUUACCACCAGAAAACGUAA